GUAGUUCAAAAAUAACCAAACAAGGAUGGUAGAGGGCUCCAGCUUGUCUGUUGAGUCUGUGUUAUCUGCCAUUGAUGCGUUGUAUAUGAAUCCAGAUACAUCUGUCAAAGAGCAAGCUUCAAAAUGGCUGUGUGAAUUUCAAAAAUCAGUUUAUGCUUGGCAAAUAUCCGAUCAGUUGCUUUAUAUGAAUAGAGAUUUAAAUUCUUGUUACUUUGGAGCUCAAACCAUACGCAAAAAGGUAUGUUUUAUGUAGGAGCCAGUAAUACUUUAAGAUUCAAUGUCACUUUACUGAACUCCCAGUGGAGUCGCACGAAGGACUAAAAAACUCUCUCCUGCAACAUGUCCAAGAACUUAGAGAAAACACUAGCCUACCGAUAGCAAAUCAGUUGUGCUUAGCCGUCGCAGAUUUGUUUUGCCAUAUGGUUCAGUGGAAAGAUGGUAUCAAAGAUAUUGUUUCGAAGUAAUUGCAGAGUAUUUAUUAAAAUAUUUCCACAGAUUUUCAGAACCAGACGUCUCAUGUAGCUACUUAAUUGAUAUUCUGAAAUUUAUUCCUGAAGAGGUAGGGAGCGUGUUAUUCUAAUGCACUUGUAGAUGAACAGCAGUACUCUUCGACUAGGAAUGAAUCGUCGACACGCUCUUAUGAGUCAGUUUGAAGGGAGCAAACAGUUUGUGUUGGAGUUUCUGGUAAGCAUUUGACAACCUCAGGUUAAAUUGUGCAUCACUUCACUACAAAUCGGUUGUUGAUGCCGUAUACAUCUUUUUUUUACGUAUGUCCUUGUGAAGACAGGUUUUGCGAUAUUAUAUUUUGUAACUUUACUACAAGUGUAGAUCACAUGUAUUCUUUACCGCCAGCAAAUAAAUUACGAUCUUUUGUUAACUACCCUUACAUUUUUACAUACCGAGUCAUCUUGAUAUUAAUUUUAGAAGGAUAGUUGUCCUCUCAUUCAUCGUCAAAUUGAAGUGGUCGUAGUUCCACUCUAAAUUUGCUCUAUAACUUAUUUCUUUGCUAUUUUGUGUACCACUCCAUCAGAAUUACAACACAUACUCUUAAAACCUUUGUUGCUUCCGUAUCUUUUGAAACGUAAUUUACUUUAUAUCCUAUUUACAUAUUUCUUGUUCCAUAAGUAGAUAUGGUCAUAAAUUGUACUGUUUACCUGUUUCAACCAUUUCCAUUUUUUACAUACACCCAAAGUUGAUAUAUAAGCAUCAAGAAUGUAAUUCAACUAGAGUGCUUAAGAUACAUCUUGAAAUAUGACGUAUCAGAGUAGGACAAAAAUGAGCUAUCUUCAUUGCUACAUAUAAUCACUGUAGUUGAUAAAAAAUAGCAGGCAUGUAUUACAGAAGAAAAAAAUGCACCACACAAAUGAAUUGUUUUGUUGUACCAUGUCCCAACUAAUAUAGAUUUCUGGAGCUAGUCCAUCUGAACAUGCUACUCCCCUCGCCUUAGAUUGUCUAUGGCCUUUUCAACCCCACUUACGUCAAUUAGCCAUUCAUGUAUAUUGAGGGUGGUGGGUGAGUAAAGUAUGGCUGACGGUCAGUUAAGGUGUUCAGAUAUUCAAUACAUAAUAAGAUUUUCGGCUACUGAAAGCCUGGUUUUUCAGUGGUUUAUCUUUUGUAUUCCAUGGUAAUCAUUUACCACACUAAUUCUUUUAAGUACUUUUCUCAACAACGACGAACUCCAACUUUCUUUAAAAGCAUAAGGUCUUUACUAUGCCAACCGGAUUUCCCAUACAGAUUAUUGGGUAGAAACAUUUUAUGGUUUAAAUACUAUCCAUUCUGUCUUUUACCCGUAAGAUAUUUACUCUUUUGUAGCCGCUUUCGGAAGUUAAGUAAAAGUUAUCAUAGUCACAUCAUAUUACAAAUCUGAUCUAGUUGUUGUUAAACUUAAGUAUCAAUUUAAUAUUUGUAGUUUGAAAUAUGUAUUUAUUUUCAAACCAUUAUAUCAAGUAGUUAGCCACAGAGUUUUGCACCCAAAAUGAUAGCACGAAAUAGGAAUAAUUAAUUAAUUUCACAAGCAUUGUUUGUUCUUUAAAACAAAGGAAAAAAUUCCGAAAUUCGGUCUCAUUUUGUCUUUUCGUAAUUGAUGGUAUUAUUACUAGAUAGAAGUCCCUUUGCGUGAACCAAUAAUUUUAUGCAGAAUCCUGUUCGUAAGCCUUGAAAUGAUGGUUCUGGCUAAGGUAGACGGCAUUAGUGUUUGUGUUAUCAAUACUGAGGUCUUCUAUUUGUUUUUAGUCUCACAGAGCAAAAUCAGAACAAAUGGUUAUCUUAGCUAAGGUAUAUAAUUGUCUUGCAAGUUGGUGGGAUAAUACUGGAGUCAUGGUUGAACACGAUGUACCGAUUGACCCUCUCUUAAACACUGCAUUUGCUAUCCUUCGGAAUCCUUCCACUACUCCUGAAUCAACUUUCGAUGCAGCAUCUCAGUGGGUGCUAGCACUUUUAUACCAGUGUAAGCAACUUAGCAACUCAAACAGUGAAUUACUGCGUUGGCUUCAAGAAAAUAUUUACAGUCUAGUUAGUGUUGUGCAGGAAUGUUCCAAUUCUGUCGCGUCUGCGUUGGGAUCAAUUCAACAACAAGAACAGCUUGAACUGUACAAAGAUCGGUGUACUUGUUUGGCUCACAUUUUCUCGUCAUUAGCCAGAACUUUACGGCCUCCUCUAGUAGAUCAGCCCACUAGCCCUGGAUCAGGUGGUCUUGGAGACUUGCGUACUAUGGAGUGUAUUCUUGUAGUUCUUGAAAUACCUCCUCCUCUCGGUAGUCGUGAAUUGGCAUCUAUUACAUUCCACGCCUUACAUUCGUUGGCUGAUGAUGCAAUUCGACACCGGUCCAUGAGUGCUGCAGUAUCUGUGAAUCAGGGCCCCUUGGAAUCUUCGGUUAACAACUCUAAUACCUCUACUGGCGUGGCACGCCCAAUUGCAGCCUUAAUUCCUUACUUCACUCGCGUUGUAGUUGCGUUAACUAGUUACUGUCCUAGUAAUACAUCCGACUUAGAAAGCACCGAUGAAUUAAGAGAUUUUCGUGAGGAUGUUCAUGAUCUCAUGCAAGAUAUUCUGGGUUUGGUUGGAGCUGAGGCUAUUUUUGUCGAGCUAUACAAUUAUGUACAGAAGCUGCAAAUGUUAGCUAUGUCUGAGAAUGCACAGGCGUCGGCAUAUGAAGUGCUUCGAGAGUCUGAAGCAUGUCUGUUCAUGCUUACAACUGUUGCUAAACGUCUAUCUCCUCGUGAUCCUGAAGGACAUAUUUCGAAUCUUAUAUCAAAAUUAGUACUCCCAGGUCUCACAGGACCAUGCCCUCCUGCUCUUCAAGAAGUCGGUUGUAUGCUGUAUAUGGAGUUGGCUCAUUGGGCUGCCUGCCAUCCUCAGCUCCGGCGUCAAAUCGUUAACCAGCUGAUUGAGAUCAUCGAGAAGUCUGCUGGCGUUGAGUCCCAAUCUUUACGGCCAGGUCAAAAGCUUGCUGUUGGAGCGGCACUUUCAGCUCUUGGUUCUUUAUGUGCUGUGUAUCGCGCAACCCCAACAUCUACACCUAACGGAGAUGUUUCUACUCAUUCCCCUUGUAACUCCGAUUCUCUUCGUCUUGCUCUAAUUGACGAACAUUGGCAAGAUUUGGUCAAUCGAGUUGCCUACAAUCUACCAAGACUUGCUUGGGUUCCUAUCCAUGAUGCUACUCAUUUUUUCGCUGGUAUUGGACGAGGUCUAAUAUGCUCUGUGGGCACAGGUGGUGGGGGAGUUGAAUUCGACCCUCGAGUGUCUAGACAAGCUUUUCCGAUGAGAGUAGCACAAAUAUGUAGCGUCAGCUUGGAAUGUUUAUCUAAGCUGAUGGAUGGUAAUGUCCCUAUCGAAGGUUCAGAUACUCUCAGUGAUCCCCGUGUAUGGCUUGAUUACCUAGCAGCACUGUUUCGUACUUUCAAUUGCCUUUUACGACGUUUGGGAAACCCAAGUUCUAGUCAGUGGGACACAAGGGAACGCAACGCUGUUGAUCGUACUACGUCCGAGUUGGUGCUUUCUGCUCAGAAUUGUUUAGCUGAAUGCUUGCAGUUAGUAAGAGAAGUAAUAUGGCCAGUUGUUACCCGUGUACUCACACAUUAUGCCUCGCGCAUGCGUCCAAUGGAGCAUGUUUGUCGUCUCAUACGUUUCAUUGUGCGUUGUUUUUCUGUGCACUUACGAGAUCUUCUCCCGGAGCUUGCUGAAAAAAUUGUACUGUCUUACACGACUGGAGGACAACAUUCAAGUUUUCUCUAUUUAACAAGCGUGCUAGUUGAUGAAUUCGGAGAACAAUUAGAUUGCAGAGUUGGUUUGGUUAACGUGUAUGAGGCAUUGAGUGGUCCAACACUGAAAUCUAUCUCUGGUUCUGGCCUUAUACAACAACCGCAUACUGUGGAAGAUCUAUUUCGGUUAUGCACCCGACUUGUACAACACUGUGCAGCUGUUUUUCUCACCAGUAGCAGGAUCAAUUUGAAUGAACUCUGCGAUACCGCUGUCUCUUCUCUAAAUCUGUGUUGUACCGGCCCUGGUGCUGGUUCGUCUAGUGAUGAUACACCGGAUCCAAACUCAUCUAAUAAUGAUGAAUCGAGUUCAUCGUCAGCUUCUACCAGCGCAUCAGCUGCAGCUGCUCGAUUUUUCAUCGAACUUAUCAUUUUUACGAACGAGGCAUGUGAGGAGACACCAAUGCAGGUUGUACAGAUUUUGGAGUCUGGUAGACAUCUUCCUACUCCCUCUUGCCAGUCAGCUCUAGCUGCUCAAAAUGUUAUUGUGUGGUUAACUUACUCCAGGCCUACGCAGCCUACUGAUCCUAGUAAUAUGAAUAGUUGUUGCGGCGGACAACGGUUAGUUUCAGCAUUAUUGCAAGCAUGUUGUCUUGGAUUAAUGGAUGAAAGGUUUCCCGAGAUGGCGGAUAUUUUAUAUCACCUUAAGGUCAUGAUUAAUCAAGAAAUGUUUCUUAACUGGCUGAAGAACGCAGUAGCCAAUUUGUCAACUAUGCGUACUGAUGGUUUAGUCCAAGCUACACAAGACCAAAUUACCGAUUUUCAAGAUGUUGUUAUGAAUUCAUCCCGGAGUUCAACGAUCGUACAUGCACUUGACUCAUUUUCAAGAUUGUUCCGAUGAAUUAUGCUCCCUGUAUACAAUUUUCAGUGUAUAAAAAGUAUUCAUCUCUCACUUUGCACUAUUUUAAAACAAGCUUCAAACUUUAUUCUAGAUAUCUUUGUUGUUAUGAGCAAUUUUAACCAAUGUAUUUUAAAACCUUAUAUAUAGCCACAUUUCGAGAAUUUUUCCAAUCUCCUUGAAUCUACUCUUUUUAUCCAUAACUAUAUGCAAAAUCCAGUCAAUUUGGUUAUAGUAAAUGAGCUAUUUAAAAUCAAAGAGAACAUUUUAAUCC